AUGGGCGACGUCAAUGACCGCCCGCCGGUAAAACGGCGAAGGUCCAGGUCCAGCAGCGUGCAGCGGAUGCUCGACUUGGAGAAGAAGAUCCGGCCGUGGGUAAACCAUGGCAGGUCCGCCAGCGAGAUGAGCACCGCGUCACGGGCCGCGAGCCAGCCCGACCUCCUCCAAAUGGCUCCUACUCUUCCAGAGCUCGGGUAUCAACAGACCCCAACCUGGGAUCCCCAAGAAGGCGACAAGGACUGGAAAAAAGCCGCGGACAAGGCUGCCAAGGCCGCUAAGCGUGCCUCGGCGCAGAGACUCGUGAAGCCUCCUCCAUCUGCCUCAAGAACGCCGCACCUGAUGGCACGCCAACCUGCACCUGGACCGCCUACAACUGGCUACUCUAGCCAGAGCGAGCGCUCCAGUUCCUAUGGACCCCCGGACCACGCCUCGAUAGACCAGGGAUCGAGGCGGUCUCGCCGCCGAUCCGACUCCGUUAACUCGAUUACCUCGGUGUCCUCCAUUGCCUCCAAGAUCAAGGCGUCUUUUGACCGACCCAGGGGAGGAGCACUACCCCGC